ACUGAGAAGCUGGGCCGCGGACCUGAACCGUCUGGAUCGCGUGCGCUAGCCACUGUUCAACGGCUGCACCGCGAGCUGCGUCUCGCGCUCCAGCCUUCACCCGUUUGGAGCCGGAGUUUGAGUGAGCAAGCGCCCACCCCCCUCGUUCGCUCCCCACCCACCCGGAGCGAGUGAGUGGCCUUGCGGCUUCCAACCUCCCCUGUCACUGACUGGCGGGCGGACGGACGGACGGAAGACUGAUGAAGUCAUGAACUCUCCUCUCCGCCGACUGCUCCCGUGCUAAAGUUGCGUCUCCACUUUCCCCACCCCACUCCUGUCGCAUGUUGAUGGUUUUAGACAUAAAAAGUUUUUCUUCUUCCACCCGCCCCUCCGAUACCCCCCUGUUAUUGUGUGUGUGCGCCAGUUCGCGGGGCUGUGACCAUGAUGGCGGCGGAAGUCGGGAACGAGUGCCUAUUGGCGGCGGCUGUGACCGUGGCGGCUCCGGGCGCAGAUGGCGAGACGGCUGUUUUCCAGUCUUCCCCGCAGAAAGUGCCGGAAUUGAGCUCCGUGCGGCCUCUCGAGUCUGAAUCGUCGUCGCCACCACCAUCAUCAUCAUCACCACCACCGCCUCCGGCUCCGUUCCUUUCCGAACCUACUGUCGGGGCUGCCCCUCUCACCAACACUCCUGCUCUCCCCAUGCCCCCGGACGAAGUGGAUUCUUUCGACGGGCAUGAGUUUGAAGAGGAAGAAGUGGCGAUCCCGCUUACGGCGCCCCCAACCAACCAGUGGUAUCAUGGAAAGCUGGAUCGUACAAUCGCUGAAGAGCGGCUUUGUCAGGCAGGCCGAUCAGGAAGCUAUCUCAUCAGGGAAAGUGAUCGAAGACCAGGUUCAUUUGUGCUUUCGUUUCUAAGUAAAACAGGCUUGGUCAAUCAUUUCAGGAUAAUUGCAAUGUGCGGUGAUUAUUACAUUGGUGGACGACGAUUUUCUUCGCUCUCAGAUUUGAUAGGUUACUACAGCCAUGUGUCCUGUUUAUUAAAAGGAGAGAAGCUUCUGUUUCCAGUCGCACCCCCAGAGCCUGUUGAGGAUAGAAGGAGAGUUCGAGCCAUCUUGCCAUACACCAAAGUUCCAGACACAGAUGAGAUUAGUUUUCUGAAGGGGGAUAUGUUUAUUGUUCACAAUGAACUGGAGGAUGGAUGGAUGUGGGUGACCAACCUACGAACAGAUGAGCAAGGCCUCAUUGUGGAGGAUUUGGUAGAAGAGGUGGACCGUGAAGAAGAUCCACAUGAAGGAAAAAUCUGGUUUCAUGGCAAGAUAUCAAAGCAAGAUGCAUAUAAUCUGCUGAUGACAGUUGGUCAAAUAUGUGGCUUUCUUGUAAGGCCAUCAGAUAACACACCGGGUGACUACUCGCUUUAUUUUCGGACUAAUGAAAAUAUUCAACGAUUUAAAAUAUCUCCAACAUCAAGCAAUCAAUUUAUGAUGGGUGGCCGAUACUACAACAGUAUAGAGGAAAUCAUUGAGCACUAUAGGAAGGAGCAGAUUGUUGAAGGUUAUUACCUCAUAGAUCCUGUCCCCUUGCAGCAUCAAGAGCAAGUACUCAGUGAGUAUGAUGGUAGAGAAAUAUACAAUACAAUCCGGCGCAAGCCAAAGGAUGCACUUUAUAAGAAUAUAGUGAAGGAUGGCUACCUCUGGAAAAAAAGCAAAGGUAAACGAUGGAAAAACUUGUAUUUCAUUUUGGAAGGGAAUGAUUCCCAGCUAAUCUAUUUUGAAAGUGAAAAGAGAGCCACAAAACCAAAAGGAUUAAUAGACCUCAGUGUUUGUACUGUAUAUGGAGUUCAUGACAGUCUAUUUGGCAGGCCAAACUGUUUUCAAAUAGUAGUGCAGCACUUUAGCGAAGACCAUUAUAUCUUCUACUUUGCAACGGAAACUCCAGAACAGGUUCAGGACUGGAUGAAGUGCUUGCAUGUGUUUUGCAGUAACUUGAAAAAACCACUGCCAUCAACCUCCAACAAGCGUCUUCGACAGGUCAGUAGUCUGGUGUUGUAUGUGGAAGAAGCCCAUAAACUUCCAGGGAAGUAUUUCACACACCCUUACUGUAACAUCUCCCUAAACAGUGUUCAAGUAGCAAAAACUCAUGCCAGGGAAGGGCAGAAUCCUGUAUGGACAGAAGAAUUCAUUUUUGAUGAUGUCUCGUCUGAUAUAAACAGAUUUGAGAUAAGUCUCAGUAACAAAACAAAGAAGAGCAAGGAUCCUGAUAUCUUAUUCAUGCGCUGCCUGUUGAGUAAGUUACAGAAAGGGCAACUGAUUGAUGAGUGGUUUCCUCUCAGUUCACAUUUUCCACUAAAAGGCAUUGAACCAGGCUCUGUACGGGUAAGAGCACGGUAUUCAUUGGAAAAAAUCAUGCCAGAAGAGGAAUACAGUGAAUUCAAAGAGCUUAUUCUUCAAAAAGAAUUCCAUGUGAUAAAUGCCUUAUCCCAUGUGUGUGGUCAGGAUCGGACGUUAUUGGCUAGUAUUUUACUAAGAAUUUUUCGGCAUGAGAGACUUGAAUCGCUUUUACUACAAAUACUCAAUGACAGAGAAAUUAGUAUGGAAGAUGAAUCCACCACUCUCUUCCGUGCCACAACUUUAGCAAGCACACUUAUGGAGCAAUAUAUGAAAUCAACUGCAACACCAUUUAUCCAUCAUGCUCUGAAAGAAACUAUUCUAAAGAUAAUGGAGAGUAAACAGUCAUGUGAGCUAAAUCCUUCCAAACUUGAAAAAAAUGAAGAUGUGAACACUAAUCUGGCACACCUAUUGGCCCUCCUCUCAGAAUUGGUUGAGAAGAUUUUCAUGGCUGCAGAAGAAUUACCUCAGGCUUUAAGAUACAUUUACGGAUGUUUACAAAAAUCUGUCCAGCAGAAAUGGCCAGAAAAUCCCACUAUGAGGACCAGAGUUGUGAGUGGGUUUGUUUUCUUGCGGUUGAUUUGUCCAGCUAUUCUCAAUCCACGGAUGUUCAGUAUCAUUUUAGAUCCUCCUUCUUCUACAGCUGCAAGAACUCUCACUCUUGUUGCAAAAUCACUUCAAAAUUUAGCAAAUUUGGUGGAAUUUGGAGCUAAGGAGCCCUACAUGGAAGGUGUAAAUCCAUUUAUCAAGAACAACAAGCACCGGAUGAUUAUGUUCUUAGAUGAAUUAGGGAAUGUCCCUGAGCUUCCUGACACUACAGAGCACUUUAGGACUGAUUUGUCUCGUGACUUGGCAGCUUUGCAUGAAGUUUGUGCAGCACAUUCGGAUGAACUUCGCACAUUAAGCAACGAACGAGGAGUCCAGCAGCAUGUCUUGAAAAAACUUCUGGCGAUUACAGAACUGUUGCAGCAGAAACGAAAUCAGUAUUCUGCAUCUAGUAGGUAGCAGCCUUCCUGGUCAGAAAUUCUGCAUGGAUUAACAUGUCCCAGGUUUAUCAGAGGACACUUCACAACAAUCUCCUUUUUUGUUACAUCUGAAAUAAAUACUCACAUACCAACAUUCCUUCUAGUGUGUGAACUAUGCAACAGAAAAACAGUUGGUCAAUCGCAUCAGCAAGUUAGCUAUUUGUGCAGACCACCUCUUGCACUUUUCUCUCUGAACAAGUCACUAGCCAUUGAGCCUUGAUGUACUAGUCAUCUUUCACAAAGCUAGGUGAAUCGACAACAUAAGGUGUUUAAUGUUUCAAGUUGCCAAAGUUCCCAGGAUCUAUCCAGAACUACAGUAUGAAAUGUCAGUCAGAUGAUGAGAUACGUUUGUGAAAACUGGAGUACAGGCUGUAAAGUGUUUGUACUAAAACUUCUGAUUGAUUACUUGUAUGGUUAAGACUGCUCACGUCUUUAAUCUCUGGUUAUAUAUUUACAGCUUAUUGGAAAUGUCUUUAAAUACCAAGGUUCCUCACUAAAGACUGGUUAUUAUACUAUACAAAAAAAAAUCUGCAAUAAGCAUUCAUUGCAUGACAUGUGCAGACAGAGCAUACAUAGCAUUUAUUGUGCCACUAAUUUUGAUCAGUUUAAUUACACUGUACAAUUGGCUGAGUCUUCCAACAAAAGCAGUAAUCAGAAAAAAUUCUGUUAAAGUUACUUAAUCAAAAGCUUUGUAUGUAUAAUGUUUACAAAUGUAAACAAAUUCAAUAGUUGAAUAAAUUUAUUGAUCAUUGUAUCAGAAAUGCAUGCACUUAUUAAACCAUUUUGUAAAGUACUUUGCCUUUUGUUUCAAUAAAUGAAAAACAGUAUUGAAACUGACAAGUUCAACCAUUUAAGUCAUUUGGUAGCACAGAAUUUGAGUAUCACUGAAAAAGGACAAUGACAUUUUGUCAAAAUCUUGUGCUCAUUAGAACAAUUUGCAAAAAAUUGCAACGGGCAAACAACAUUUAUUUUGUAAUAGAGUGCUAAAUGAUUGGCAAAUGAACUCUGGCAUAGGCAUUGACAUGGAGAGUGAUAGAAUGUUAAAAUAUUAAAAUUGUUAAUGUAUAAUUUAUAAUGAAUAAUGUUAGAAUCAAUUAAUGACUGACUGUUAACUGCCAAAUUUUGAAAUUUUAAACCAUGCAGAUGAAUUCUUAUCAAAGAACUACCCUCAGAAAUAAACUGGAAAAUGGAAUCAAAUAUUGUCCAAUUCCAAAAUCUAAGGUUCAACUUCGGAGUUUUGCAAGCAUGAACUGGUCGGUGCAGUCAGGCUUUAAGAUUUCUCAAAACUUUGAGCAUCGAGUGAAGCUAGUUGUUUCAUGCUGCUGCUAAGCAGCAACAUAAUAGGAUUUGCCACUAACAUGAUGCAGCUGUUUUACUUGAGUUUCAAAGCCAGCAUUAUGCAGUAGCUUAAUAUCAAAUUGCAACACCCUGAACAGCUUCAAACUACUUUGGCUUUAAAUAAUUUUACAUAUUAAAGUAAAUUAAAUCUAUGGCAAAUGCAGCUAAAAAAAAGGGCAACUACAGUGCAACAAAAGCCUGCAACAACUGUAUAGAUUAGGAAUGUGAAAGCUUAAAAAGUUUUGCAUGCAAUUUCAAGUCCUGAAAAUGAAAGGAUGAGUUAUCUGCUUGCCAACCUGCUUGCCAACCAUUGAAUGUUCAGCUUGUAAUCAUACAACUGCAACGUAACAGAACAGAAGACCAAACAAGGUAAAAUAAAGAACCGUGGAUGCUGAAGAUCUAAAACAAAAACAGUCAGAAAACCGUUACUGCUCACACUCCUGUAACUUCUUUUUAUCAGCAAUAUGGGUGAAACUUCACAGUAUAACUGCAAGCGUUUUGUGAAAUCAGCUCACUGCCUUAAGUCAAAUUAAAAUGGGGCAAUAAAUGAUGACUUAUUAGUAGUGUCCACAUCCUAUUAAGAAUUUUCAAAAAGAUGACCACAUUUCAAAUGUAUCUAAUCGGCUGUAAAGAACUAUGGAAAGGUAUGAGAUAAGUGCAAAUUCUUUAUGGUACAUAUAUGCACCUUUUUGUAUGUUUCUUGGUAUAAUACACAAACUACACAUUGUUUUAAAAUUAUUGUGUAUGUUUUCCUUCCUAUAUUGUGAAUGUUAGGUGUUUGAAGUGUAAAUAUACAAGUAUAAAGUUCAUUUACUUUUGUGAUUUCUGCGAAAAUACUUGUUGAAAUGAAGAUAAA